CCAUAGUUAACGCUAUUUUCAAUGUAUUAUUAUGGCCGCCAUUACUUAAUCGAGACCAGUAUUAGAGUCCUUUAUUCUCUUAUUAUUAUACGUGCGAGAAAUUCCAUCGUCAUUGAGAAUAUCGAGACUCAUUAUUAUGGCCGUCAUUACAUUAUCGAGACUACUAUUAUUAGAGACCUUUAUUCUCUUAUUAUUAUGUGCAUGAGAAAUUUCGUUUGCAUUGAGAAUAUCGAGACUCAUUAUUAUACGGCUGGCACGCAUGUAUCGGAUUAUUUACAUAAUCGAGGUAUUGUUAUUUUUAAUGUAACUCAGUCAAUACGUCUACGUUAACUCAGCCAAAAUAUAGACGCUAACACAGCCGUAAUACGAAUUCAACUUAAGUGUUUGAUAAAAUAAUAAAGAACCUUUCGUAUUUCUUGAUUUGAUUGAGUAUUCGUCAUAAUUAAAGUGCAUCACGUGUGUGGAAAAAUACGGCUCAAACCUAAUAUCGAGGCAUUUAAUAGUUUAUUAAUUUAAAUUAUUCCUCUUUAUUUGAUUUUUUUUAAAAAAAUGAUUUUAUAUUACUAUCACUAUUGUUUUAACUUUGUCUUUCACACCAAUUUCUCUUUCAUUCAAAGAAAAUGUCUUCUUCAUCAUAUGUGUCUCGUAACACUUACUUUCACCGCCGGCAUGUGGAAAGAGGAACGCCAAAACAGUGUUGGUGUGGUGAACCCGCUGAAUUAUGUACAUCUGCAUCACGGGCUAAUCCAGGAAGACUGUACUAUUGCUGUCGCAAAGGAUAUAUUAAGAGACAUUUAUUCAAAUGGGCGGACGAGUGCUUGGUGGAAGAGGUAGAAGAUAUGAAAUCGGUGAUGAGUGACAUGACCAAAGGCAUAUCAGAUCUGAGAGGAGACGUUGGUCGGUUGGAGAAAGAACUCGGUAAAGCGGAAAAGAUGAAGUGUUUGAUGUUUCCAGUGGUGGUUUGUGGGUUUGGUAUGGCCAUAUUUUGGCACUAUUUCUUUGCGUAGUCAUGUGUUGUAAUCAUAAUUUAGACGCAAUGUUUUUAGUAACUCAGC